AUGUCCGAGUCCGACGAGAUCGAGCUGUGGUGCUGGGUCCUGGGUGAUCCAUACGAACGAGUCUUUUCAGUGACCAUCAAACGCAGUGCCAGUAUUCAAGAUCUCAAGAAAGCCAUUAAAGGGGAAAAGCAAUCGUUCACAGGCGUCGAUGCUGACUCCAUAGACCUUUAUAAGUUCCAACUGCCUUUGAAAGAUUUCAAGGAUCACGCUCAAAGCAUCGACCUUGCAAACGGCGAGAAAUUGAAGUCGUUCGAGGAAGUCUUGUUUUACUGGGUGGAAGCGCCUGGCGAGGUCCUGAGCAUGAUAUUACCACGUCCAGCCGGUAAGGGCUUCGCCAAACUUCAAUCUCUUCUGGACGCACAACAUCCUGAACACAAUUUUGAUGAUUAUGUGUCGUCGGAUGUUCUUGCAACGAAAGCUGCAUUUUUACGGGACCAGAAGGCUGAACUUGAGACAAAAGUUGUUGAUGACGGCUUAGUCCUCCAACUGGAAUUAUCCUGCCAGCCCCCAUCUGCUGAUGUCGUGGUCGAAGACCGUAUUGUGGGCGAUGGUGACGUUGUGGACGACGACGUUGAUAAUACUCACGAAGCCAUGGCCAUUUUCCCCUACACCUUCCAGUAUAUGGACCUGACUGACCUUCAGUUGAAGGAGGUGCUUUGCGUGCCAAAGUUGAUGCUCUUCCGAAACGACUAUGUUACCAUGAUAGACAUCUUUAACAAGAGGGAAAAGGGCACUAAGGGGAGCGCCGUCUUUUCGGGUCAGCCGGGUAUCGGGAAAACAUGCAUGUUGUAUUACAUCCUCAUUCUUUGCAUCAUUCUUGGCCGGCCCAUCGUGUUUCAGGACAUCUUCGGCAAGGUCUUUGUGAUUGGUACUACCGUGCUCCCUCUGGGCACACCAGGGAUAUCUAUCGACGCCGAGGAUGUUCUUGCACUCGUCGAUGCCGACAAUGUGGCCUGUCAACCUGACGACUAUCUCUUAAAUCAUAAGCAAUAUCGCAUAUUGUUAACGUCUCCGCCAAAACCGCAGAACCACCGAAAAUGGCUUCACCAAAUAGUUGGGCCGCGUGCAACAUCCAUGAUGGAUCUAUGGUCGCGAGAGGAACUUGUUGUUGCAUCGUUGCUUCUGGAAAGGGAAGACAUCACUCCCAAGCGACUUCAAGAAGCUUCCCGUAUUUGCGGAAACAUACCUCGUGAAUGUUUCUCAGCGGCAGUAUCCCCUGACGCUCUUCAGGAUGCUGAAAAAACGAUCAAGGGAGCGAUCAAGAACAGCAAUAACUUGUCUGAUGCUUUCAGGAGGGUGAGUGUGGGUGGCGAAACAGUGAUCCACCGCAUAUUCCAAAUACGCCCGUCGUCCGAGCGUCGAUUGUGGAUCGACUGUUUCGUGGAACCAGUUUCGGACUGGUCUUUCUUGGAGCUCCUGGAUGAACUGUACCAAUGA